ACAACAAAUUGAAGUUUGUCGUGAGUGAAUCAGACAGACUUGAGACGACAUACAUACAUACAUACAUACAUACAAUCUGCGAACUUGAAGCUCGGUUAUGAAUCUCUAUGGAAUCGACCCUUCUGCAUACGAUUUCUCCUUCUCCGAUCGGAUUCUUAUCAGAUCCCUUACCGGAGCUUCUCCAUGUUCAGAACCUUUCAACACCAAUGAUUACGGUGAUGAUGGCUUGCCGCUCGCCUCGCAAAAAAACCCAGUUGUCCUUCCCCUCAAUCGCCACGACGGAACUUCACCUCUUCCUUUCGGCAUGGACUGGAGCCCGCCUCCUCGCAAUUGGGAAGGACGAGAUACUGUCUGGCCGAUUGAUGAUACUACAGGAUGGAGUUACUGCGUGACAGUGCCUUCUUGGAUUAUCCUACCAGUAGAAAAUGGAUCAGAUCCUGUUGUGUUCUACAGGGUAGAGAUUGGUGUACGGUCGUCUGAAGGGGUCACAACGACACGUGGAGUAUUGCAUAGAUUUAGUGAUUUCUUGAAGUUAUUCUCUGAACUCAAGAGCUCAUUUCCCAAGAAAACGUUGCCUACAACUCCUGCCAAGACGCUGCUGAGAAACAAAAGUAGGGUUGUUUUGGAAGAGCGUAGGUGUUCUUUAGAGGAUUGGAUGCAGAAACUCCUAAUGGAUAUUGAUUUGUCAAGAAGUGCUCCUGUGGCCAUCUUUCUUGAGCUAGAAGCUGCUGCCAUAUGCUCCUUUUAUGAUUCAAAUGAGAAUACUCCAGAUGCUGGCGAUAUUGUGUCACCCCAUCAAUUCCAAUCCACAUCAAAUAUUUCUUUAAUUUCCAGUAAUUUGUCAACAACAUCAGGGUUUGGUGAUGAGUCAGCCUAUUACGAGGCAUCUGAUCUUGGAACGCCAAGGAAUGAAAAUGCUAACCAUUCUGAACUUGUGAUUGAUAGUGCACCACCUGAUGAAAGAAAUGCUAAUAAAAGCAACACCAUUCAUGAUGAUGUUAUGUAUGAACCUCAAAAGCAUUUGCAGAAUGAAGUUAUGGAAAAAUCAGUUGGCGAUAAUUCUCAUGACAAUCUUCAAAAUACUGAAAUUCCAACAGCUAAGGAUCUUACAAAAAAGGUUAAGGAUUUGGAAGAGGAACUAGAAGCUGUUAAGAAGAUUAGCAAAGAAAGUCUUGAGCAAGCUAUUAUAGCUGAACAGGAAAGAUAUGCUCAAGUGCAAUGGGAGGUUGAGGAUCUUCGGAGCAAGUACGCGGAGAUGGAGUUGAACCUAAAAUACGAAAGGGAUGAGAAGAUUCGGAUUGAAUUGGCCAAGUCAUCGAUCAGUGAAGAGAAUGUAUUAUUGCUGCAACAGCUGGAUGCUACCAGGAAGCAAAUCGAGAGCUUGCAAAAAGAUAAUGAAGAGUUGUUAGAACUGAAAUCGAAAGCAGAUAAAACAGAGGUUGAGAAAACAGGUUAACUUUGUUGUUAUUAGCUACUACACUUUAAGUUUCAACUAUCGAUCGAUCCUGAGAAGAAUGAAGUUGAAUAAUCCGACGCCCUUUAGGAGAACACUGUUCUAAAAUAGUUGUGAAUUCUUGCUUGCAUCAGGUUUUAUACUAUUACUUAUUCUGUUUUAAAUUAAUAAAUAAACAGUUUCCUUGUCUGCUAUAAGAAAAUAAUGUCCAUCUUACUUACACAAUGAGCAUG